AUGCUCAAGCCAGUCUUCCUCCUUGUCAUCCAGAAUCGUGUUCUCGGGGUACAGCGAUCGCAGCUGAGCAAUCGUUCCUAUCCUGGGAGGGUAUACGGUAACAGGGAUCGUGAUAUCCGGCACGGACACCCGCAGCAGCGCAGUCAUGGGCACCAGCAACCACGUAGCGGCAACACCACUGCCUUCCAGGGCGAGCUGUCUAAGGCAGAAAUGCAGACUGGUCUUGUAGCAUUGCUCGACCGAUUCGUUGCAGACGAAACGAGAUCUGAUGCCGACCGAGAUAUUCUACAUCAUGCAAGCGAGCUAAGGCGACUUCUUGCACGCAAAGAGAACCCAUCGUCUGCAACAUCACAGCGCGAACUCGACAAGAAGCGGCCCGAAACAGCACCCAAGGUUGCAGUACCUCCAUACAUUCACCGCAAAGUCCAGGAGGCCAAAGAUCUUCCAGGGCUCCCGCCAAUAGACGAGCCUCACAUACACGAUGCGGUCUUCACACACCGUUCGUACAUUGUUAGAAAUGGGGAUAAAAAUGCCUUCACUGAUCUUGAACUUGACUACGAGCGCCUCGAGUUCCUCGGCGACGCUUACAUUGAGCUUAUUGCUUCUCAUGCACUUUACAGCCGCUUUCCCCACGUGGACGUACCCCAGCUGUGCUCAUGGCGCGAACGUCUUGUGGAAAACUCGAUGCUGGGCAAAUUCUCCGAAGCGUACGGCUUCCCCGACCGACUACGACAUCACAAUCAAUGGGAUCACAAUUCGAAGGCAUGGAAAAAGGUUAUUGCCGAUAUUUUCGAGGCUUACGUUGCUGGCAUUGUCCUCGCGGAUCCUGAGCACGGUUAUGAAAUCGCAGACAAGUGGCUCACGGAGCUUUGGGCGCCACAAUUGCUGAGCUUCAAGGAGAAGAUCGUCGAAGAUUCUCAAGCAAAGAACAAGCUUGCUGCAUUGGUUGUCGUCAACGACAUUAAGCUUGAGUAUCGAGAGGAGCGCCCCAUGAUAUACGAGCAGGGCAGCAACUUGCAGAAAUACUUCAUGGGAGUGUAUUUGACAGGCUGGGGUUACCAAUCUGAAUGGUUAGGUAGCGGUGAGGGGCAGAACAAGGCCAGCGCUUCUUUAUCUGCCGCCGCCGAUGCUAUCAGGAAGAACAGCGAUGUGACACAAGAUGCAGCUAAGCAGAAAGCGGAGCUAGUAUCGAAGAGGAGGGAAGAGAAGGCCAAGGCUGAGGCCGAAGCCGCGGCGAAAGCAGCCGAGGAAGGCACAGUCGAGUCUGGUGCACAAGCAGUCGGAGAAGACGGAAACAAGAGCAAAGAGAAGAAGAGAGACAGAGACGCCGCAGAGCUGAACGAAUCCUCCAAAAAGAAGCACAAGAAAGACAGAAAAGAUCAUUAG